AUGGAGCACGGAGCAUGGAUCGCCAGGUUGCAGCCCCUCGACGUCGUCCACCUCAAUGCCCAAUACCAGGCGAUCCCAUCCAGCCACAUUUCAACGGUUUCUGUGCAGCUCGCGGAUCGAUCCUCUGACCAUGAGGAGCUCCAUCGUCGUCGUCGUCGUCAAUUCGAUUCGCCGCACGGGCGCAUGGAGGAGUUCCAGCCCCUGACCCUGUCGGUUCCCAGGCGCAACAGGCACGAGUGCACGCUCUGGACGAUGGGACGAGCACCUCCCUCCUGUGCCGUACGCACGCCCUACAGCCGGCAGAGGUGUGCAGGCCAAUUAGCCGCGCAGUUUCCUCUUCUCUCUCGCGCUGUGCCGGCCGUGGCCGCGUUGCUGAGUGCGAUUUUCGGGCCCGCCCAAGGCUAUUUUUUCCAGAUCGGUGGAGCACCCUCGUUUCUCCAUGGGCCCAUCUGGGCAUUGGAGUGGUACUCGCCCGUCUCCGGUCGCCAGUGGUAUGUUUACGGAAAGCUUGGAAUGUUAUUCCUUUUGUUCAUCAGCCCUCAGGUGGUUUUCCUGUUGUCUCUUCCCGCCAACGGAUCCCCCUCUCCCAGGGGGGUUGCAGAGGGUGCAGCAGCACCUGACGAGGCAUCCCACAGGGCUCUGAAAGGGCGUAGUUGGAGGGCGUGGUCGGGCGUGUCAGGGCACAAUUGCUCAUCAUGGAUCUCUGUAGAAGACCAAACCUGGCAGCGGCAAGGGGUGUGGCGUUGUGCGGCACCCAAGCUAGUCCCAAUCCCCAUGGCCUACAGCGGGUGA